AUGAUUAUCGAGAGAUACUUCGAUGACGACGAUGACGAAAUGACGACGACCGAUCGACGAUAUGAUGACGACCUGUGGUUCCUCCUUCUCUGUUCCUCCUCCGUUGCUCUGUUCCUCCACUCCUCCUUCCUCCUCCAUUCCUCCAUGCCUCCGGUCUCGGUUUCCUUCCUCGUUCCUCCAGCUGUUCCUCCGGUCUUCUCGGUGUCUUCCUCGUUUCCUCCAUUUCCUCCGGUCGGCUCGUUCCUCGGUCAGCCUCCUCCGUCCAUUUCCUCGUUCAGCUUCCGCUCAUUCUUCUCCGGUCGGCGUUCCUCCGUUUCAGCCACCGGUCCGCUCCGUUCUUCUCCGGCUCCGGUCCGGCUCAUUCCUCGUUUCCUUCCUCCGGUCGGCUUCCUCGUUCCUCCGGUCCGGCUUCUUCCUCCGGUCCGGCCUCGUUGCUCCGGUCCGGCUCCACUCCUUUCCGGUCCGGCUCCUCAUUCCACUCUGCUGUCCUUCCUCCAUUUCCAUGCCGGUCCGGUCCGGCGUUCUCAUUCCUCCGGUCGUUUAUCCAGUCAGCUUUCAGUCCGCAUUUCCUCAUUUCCUCUUGUCCGUUUCCUCCGUUUCUCCGGUUCGGCCAUAUUUCCUCCGGUCCGUUCCUCCGGUCCGCUGUCCGCAUUCCUCCGGUCGAUUUCCUCGGUCUUCUCGGCUCAGUCGGCGCCACUCCGCUCCACUCGUUUCCUGGCUCCGCUCCGUUCCACUCCGGUUAUUUCCUCCGGUCGCUCCACUCGUCCUUUUCCGCCUCCCGGCUCCGCUCCGGCUCCAUUCCUCCAGUCAGCUUCUCUCCUCCUACACCACUCACAUUCCACUCGCUUCAUUCUUCUCCGGUCCCAGUUUCUCUCCUCUCACUUCCACCUCCACUCUCCCACCUCCACUCAUUCCUCUCCAUUCAGCUUCUCUCCUCUCGCACCACCCCACUCCACUCAUUCCACCUCCAGUCUCAUUCUCUCUCCAGUCAGCUUCUCUCCUCUCGCACCACCACCUCCACUCCUCCGCUCCACUUCCUCCUCUCUAGUCAGCUUCUCCUCCUCUCGUACCACACCACCCACUCCACUCCUCCACUCCAACCAUUCCCUCCAGUCAGCUUCUCUCCUCCUCGCACCUCACCCUCCGCUCCCUCCACUCAUUCCUCUCCAGUCAGCUUCUCUCCUCUCGCACCACCCUCUCCGCACCACCCACUCCGCUCCACUCCACUCAUUCCUCUCCUGUCAGCUUCUCUCCGCUCACACCACUCCACUUUGUCCGCUCAUUCUUCUCCAGUCAGCUUCUCUCCUCUCGCACCACCCACUCCACUCCACUCCACUCAUUCCUCUCCAGUCAGCUUCUCUCCUCUCGCACCACCCACUCCGCUCCCUCUCCACUCAUUCUUCUCCAGUCAGCUUCUCUCCUCUCGCACCACCCACUCCGCUCCACUCCACUCAUUCCUCUCCUUUAAGCUUCUCUCCUCUCGCAUCACCCACUCCGCUCCACUCCACUCAUUCCUUUCCAGUCAGCUUCUCUCCUCUCGCACCACCCACUCCGCUCCACUCCACUCAUUCCUCUCCAGUCAGCUUCUCUCCUCUCGCACCACCCUCUCCCCAUCUCCGCUCCUCCACUUAUUCUUCUCCAGUCAGCUUCUCUCCUCUCGCACCACCCACUCCGCUCCACUCCACUCAUUCCUCUCCAGUCAGCUUCUCUCCUCUCGCACCACCCACUCCGCUCUACUCCACUCAUUCCUCUCCAGUCAGCUUGUCUCCUCUCGCACCACCCACUCCGCUCCACUCCACACAUUCAUCUCCAGUCAGCUUCUCUCCUCUCGCACCACCCACUUAA